AUGACUAUCACUUCUUCUACUACCAAAUCUGACGAAACUUCUCGAAGCCCAGCUACCCUCCUCCAAAUGACAACCCUCACCCGCCCACCCGCCUCAGAAUACUACGCGUACCGUAUUGCUCGUGGCGAACAAGGAGUCCUAACUUUCGAACCCUACAAAUCCCAUCUCCUCCCUCACUGGCGCUUCCGCACCGUCCCCAUAGCACGCACCUCCUCUACCACCUUGUAUGAGCACUUCUUAUCCUUCUGCGAAGGAGAUGAUUUCGUGGGCAUGGAUAUGGCGCGAAAGUUCAUCCAGAUGGGGAUGACCAGGAGUAAAAGAUAUGCGAAUUAUAAAGGGGGAAAGAAGUAUGAUGGGGGAAAGGAGGGAGGCGUGCAGAGGGAGAAGAGUAAGGGUCAUGAGGGGAGGGAGGAGAAGGAGGAGGCUAGUAGGAUUUUUAAGGAGGUGUGGGAGAGGUGUAAAGCUCAUGAGGGGUAUCAGAGAUUGAAAGAGCGGUUCUUGGUAGAGCAGAAGAGGUGGGAGAAGGCUCAGAAAGAGAUUGGAAAGAUUAAAUCGGAGACUGAAGCGAAAGUCGAAGAGGAGGAGACGGCUCAUGUGCCGAAGAAACGUAAGACUAGAAGUAGUAUCAAAAAAGAAGAAUUCAAUUAA